AGCUCGUGCCUGCCUCCAAUCAGCUAAACCCACCCACCCGGUGGCUGCUCGUAGAGUCUGGCUCCCUCUCGCUUCCCACAGCUCAGUCUGGGCCCCUCUCUCACCGUUACACCGGGAACCCUGAGGCCGGAGAUGCCGGGACAGAGCCGGGGAGGGGAGCGGAGGCUGCUGCCGGCCUUUCUUUUGAUCAUAAUUGCUGGGCUCUCGGGAGCAGUAACACCGGGGAAGGAGUGCGAGAAGCCGUGUGUGAGCGGAGAGUGUGAGCCCAGCAGCGGCCAGUGUGUGUGUGACCCGGGCUGGACCGGAGACUUGUGUCAGCACUGCGGGGGCCGCUUCAUGUUAACUGGGCCAAGUGGGUUUGUUACAGACGGACCCGGUAAUUAUAAAUAUAAAACAAAGUGCACGUGGCUCAUCCAGGGGAGUGCGAAUACGGUGCUUCGACUCCGCUUCAAUCACUUUGCUACGGAAUGCAGCUGGGACCACCUUUAUGUCUUUGAUGGGGAUUCCAUAUACGCACCCCUAGUGGCGGCUUUUAGUGGGCUGAUUGUUCCUGAGCGGGAAAGCAAUAAUUCAGUGCCAGAAGUCGCCAUCACAUCAGGAUAUGCGCUGUUGCAUUUUUUCAGUGACGCAGCCUACAAUCUGACUGGAUUUAACAUCAGCUACAACCUGGACUCGUGCCCUAAUAAUUGUUCGGGGAGAGGAGACUGUGCCCAGAAUCCCAAUGGUGACGUUUAUUGCGACUGUGCCGAUCGCUGGAAGGGAGAAGCAUGCGACGUUCCCUACUGUCUGGAUAACUGCGGAUUUCCUACCCACGGAGUCUGUGAUGUCAAUCAUACUAAAAGCUGCAUUUGUGAAAAUGGCUGGCAAGGUCCCAGCUGUAAUGUGUCGGUUCCAGCAGACGUGUCCUUUUGGGAGAGGGAAGAAUACUCUGACCCUAAACUUGCCAGAGCGUCACACAGAACAGCGGUGGUGGACGAUGUGAUGUGGAUUGUCGGGGGCUACAUGUUCAAUCAUUCCGACUACCAGAUGGUUAUGGCAUAUGACUUGGUGUCCCUUAAGUGGCUGUCACUCAACAACUCAGUCAAUUCAGUGGUUGUGCAUUAUGGACACUCCCUGGCACUGUACAAGGAUAAACUCUACAUGUACGGAGGGAAGAUCGAUGCCACGGGAAAUGUCACCAACCAGCUGUACGUGUUCCAUAUUCACAACCAGUCAUGGGUCCAGAUCUUCCCCAACGCCAAUUAUCAGUAUGCGGUGGUGGGACAUUCUGCCCACAUUGUCACCUUGAAGGAUGACCGCGUGGUGAUGCUCGUCUUCUUUGGGCAUAGCCCUCUCUAUGGCUAUAUCAGCAACAUCCAGCAAUACUCUCUAGAUACCAACCUCUGGGAGAUUGUCCCGACGCAGGGGGCACUGGUGCAAGGCGGGUAUGGGCACAGCAGUGUGUAUGAUGAAAAGAGCAGAUGCAUAUAUAUACACGGAGGCUACAAGGCUUUCACUGCCAAUAAAUAUCGCCUGGCUGACGAUCUGUACAGCUACUCUGUGGAUGAACGCAAGUGGAUGAUUCUCAAAGACAGCCAGUUCUUCCGAUAUCUGCACUCGGCAGUGAUCAUUGGCGGCACCAUGCUUGUGUUUGGAGGUAACACCCACAACGACACGUCUAUGAGCCACGGGGCCAAGUGCUUCUCGUCAGAUUUCAUGGCGUACGACUUUGCCUGCGACCACUGGUCUGUGCUCCCUCGCCCUGUGUUCCAGCAUGAUGUGAGUGUGGAUCGCUUCGGUCACUCUGCUGUUUUAAGGAACAGCACAAUGUAUGUGUUUGGAGGGUUCAACAGUCUCCUGCUGAGUGAUGUGCUGAUGUUCACCCCCAGAAGUUGUGAAACGUACAAAAGUGAAAAUGCUUGCACGGUGGCGGAACCUGGAAUCCGGUGUUUGUUUAACGGCAGCUUGUGUUCUUUGUGGGAGAAUACCACCCUUGAGCAGGACGAUUCGGCCUUGUGUCCCAAUAAAACAAUUGCAGACAAUGAGAAGUGCGACCAAUACACCGACUGCUUCAGUUGCACAGUGAAUUCCCAUGGCUGCCAGUGGUGUAACAAUCACUGCAUCUCUCUCAACAGCAACUGUAGCGCAUCUCAGGGUGCUAAAGCUGCGUAUGAACAGUGUCCCAAAAGCCCAGGAUUUUAUUGUAACAAGAAGACCAGCUGCAAGAGCUGCGCCACGGAUCAGAACUGCCAGUGGGAACCCAAGAACCAGGAGUGUAUUGACCUGCCAGAAAACAUCUGUGGGGCUAAUUGGCAUUUAGUCGGAAGCUCUUGCUUUCGCAUCACCAGCGCCAAGGAUAACUACGAUAACGCCAAGCUGGCCUGCCGCAACCACAAUGCCUACCUGGCCUCUCUCACCGGCCAGAAGGAAGUGGAAUUUGUUAUAAAGCAGCUGCAGAGUAUGAAGACCGACCUCACCCCCUGGGUUGGACUUCGGAAGAUCAAUGUAUCGUACUGGUGCUGGGAAGACAUGUCCCCCUUUACUAACACCACCCUACAGUGGCAGCUGGCAGAGCCGAGUGAUGCGGGAUUCUGCGGGUACCUUGCCGAGCCUUCUGCCGUGGGUCUGAAAGCGGCGACCUGUAUCCACCAAAUCAACGGCAGCGUCUGUGAAAGGCCAGCCAAUUACAGCGCUAAGCCGUGUCGAACCCCUUGUGCAUCUCGGGGGAGCUGCGGGGAGUGCACCAGCGGAAGCUCCGAAUGUAUGUGGUGCAGUAAUAUGAAGCAGUGUGUGGACUCCAACGCUUACGUGGCUUCCUUCCCAUUUGGCCAGUGUAUGGAGUGGUACACAAUGAGCACCUGCCCACCGGAGAACUGCUCAGGGUAUCGCACCUGCGCUCAUUGCUUGGAGCAACCUGGAUGCGGCUGGUGUACAGACCCAAGUAACACGGGCAAGGGCCAAUGCAUGGAGGGAUCUCAUAGGGGCCCCAUGAAGUUUUCAAAUAGCUCCCAGGCUAAAAUCAGUUACCCUGCACCCGUCCUGAAUGUCAGCAUGUGCCCAGCGGAGAACUAUUAUAACUGGUCUUUCAUUUCAUGUCCAGCGUGCCAGUGUAACGGCCACAGUAAAUGUAUCAAUCAAAGUAUCUGUGAGAAAUGCGAGAACCUGACAACGGGCAAAAACUGUGAAUUCUGCAUUUCUGGGUUUUACGGGGACCCAACUAACGGAGGAUCCUGUCAGCCCUGCAAAUGUAACGGACACGCGUCAAUGUGCAACACCAACACGGGCAAGUGUUUCUGUACCACCAAAGGAGUUAAAGGGGAGGAGUGCCAAUUAUGUGAAGUGGAAAACCGCUAUCAAGGCAACCCCCUAAAGGGAACGUGUUACUAUUCUUUGCUGAUAGAUUACCAGUUCACCUUCAGCCUGUCCCAAGAAGACGACCGCUACUACACCGCAAUUAAUUUUGUGGCAACCCCUGAAGAGCAAAACAGAGACUUGGACAUGUUCAUCAAUGCGUCUAAAAACUUCAACCUCAACAUAACGUGGGCAACGAGCUUCACCGCCGGCACCCAGGCAGGAGAAGAGACCCCCGUUAUCUCCAAGACCAACAUCAAGGAAUACAAGGACAGCUUCUCCAAUGAGAAAUUCGACUUCCACAAUAAUCCCAACAUCACCUUCUUUGUCUACGUCAGCAACUUCACGUGGCCGAUUAAAAUUCAGAUCGCAUUUUCCCAGCACAGCAACUUUAUGGACUUGGUACAGUUCUUUGUGACGUUUUUCAGCUGUUUCCUCUCUCUGCUCCUCGUGGCGGCCGUCGUGUGGAAAAUUAAGCAGAGCUGUUGGGCUUCAAGACGCAGGGAGCAACUCAUCCGGGAGAUGCAGCAGAUGGCCAGCCGACCUUUUGCGUCCGUCAACGUUGCCUUGGAAACAGAGGAGGAGCCCCCUGAUCUGAUUGGAGGGAGUAUAAAGACUGUCCCGAAACCUAUAGCCUUGGAACCUUGUUAUGGUAACAAAGCAGCAGUUCUCUCGAUAUUUGUACGACUUCCUCGUGGCUUGGGGGGUAUUCCACCUCCGGGUCAGUCUGGUCUCGCCGUGGCCAGCGCUCUGGUAGAUAUCUCCCAACAGAUGCCUUUAGCCUAUAAGGAGAAAUCGGGAGCGGCGCGAAGUCGGAAACACCAGCCGCCCGCACAGCCCAGCACCUGCAUUUGACAUUGGGCCAACGAACUCUAGGGAUUUAAAUAUUAACCCGUCGGAGUUUUAUUGGGAUGGAAGGACAUCCGCCGGCACCGUUAAGCCUCUCCGCAGACGCGCAUGGAUCUCCUCACCAGAAUCCCUUUUACCGACAUUUAUUUCCCCUUUAUUUUUGUUCUUGUUUGAGUUAUCAUGUACUAUUUUCCAUUUCUUUAGGAAAAGAAAGAAUCUUAACUUAUUCUCUCAAUAAACUGUACAGACCCAUAGUGUGGAGCUCAGGUUAUAAGGUUGGAUCAUUUCUUCAGCGGUUUUGUAACCACGCGACUCGGACUCCGGAGAGACCUUCUUCCUCGAGCCCUGACUGUGGACUUUUGUACUGAGACAUGAGAAUGUUCAAAAUGAAUCUUUUUGUGAACUGUGAAGCUGUAGCCGUGGGUCACUUCCCCGGAGCAAACGGAGAGAGGAGCAAACUGAGCAUGCUCAAGCCCUAGCCCUGGAGGUUUAAGCUGAAAACAGGAAGUCUGAUACAGAAGCCCAUGAGUACACAAUAGAAGGAAAGAAAUGUGAUGUUUCUUUUGACAGAGGACUUGGUGCAUCAUAAUCUCCCCAGUGCUUACGGACUGGACGCUCAUUUCUCCGGGCGGAACUUAUAGCGAUCAGCAAGGAUUCUGCACGGCUUAUUCCGAGGUGCUUUACUGAUCUGUUGAGCUGACACUCUCAGUAAACUGUGGCUGAUUCGAGUGUCCAUUAAGGAAGUGACGAGGAGGAUUGGUGAGCGAGCGAUUUGGGAAUGAGACAAGAAACGCGACGUUGCUCAGCCCAGGGCUCAUUGUAUAAGUAUCGCUGUGGUACUGAAAGUGCAACAAACUCUGGCAAUGUUUUCUUACCAUUAAGAGCACAUUGCGGAUUCCAGUAAAUAAAUGUAAAUUAUUUUAUGUUA